GUUAGAAUUCAUGAAAAAUGUUAAAUGUGCAACAGUGUGUCAAAAAAAAUAUCAAGGAGGAGAUAGAGAUUCAGAAAGAAAAUUGGAAUUUUUGAAAAAAGGAAUGGCAUUUAAUUAUCAGCAUCAUUGGAUAGUUGAUAAUAUGCCAGUUACAUGGUGUUAUCAAUUAGAAGAUGAACGACAAUAUUGUAGCACUGGAUUUCCAAUGGGAUGUUUUUCUCGAGAAUCAAGAUCUCAAGUGGAUAGUUGCAGUAUUAAUGCCGCAUAUAUCAAAGCAAAAACUUAUUACCUAUUUAAUCAUGUAGACCUUACAAUUACGUAUCAUAGUGGUGUUAAAGAAGAAUGGGGAUCUGCAUUUAAAGAAAAUGGUGGACGCAUAAUAUCUGCUAAAGUGGUUCCUCGUAGUAUUAAACAUGGUAAUAUUCCUGACUGUGAAAACAAAGCACCAUUAGACAUACCACAUGAUCCACUUUCUGUUGGUCAACAAUUACUUGUUACUUAUACAUACUCUGUAACAUAUAUAGAAAAUAGUACAAUCAAAUGGUCAUCUAGGUGGGAUUAUAUUUUAGAAUCUAUGCCGCAUACAAAUAUUCAGUGGUUCAGUAUUCUUAAUUCAUUAAUAAUCGUUUUAUUUCUUUCUGGAAUGGUGGCCAUGAUAUUGCUCCGAACAUUGCACAAAGAUAUUGCAAGAUACAAUCAGGCUUCUUUCCAGAUAGAAUCAGGAGAAGAUGCACAUGAAGAAUUUGGUUGGAAAUUAGUUCAUGGUGAUGUAUUUAGACCUCCUCGUAAAGGAAUGUUACUCUCAGUUUUACUUGGAUCUGGAGUUCAGGUGUUUUAUAUGACACUUGUAACACUUGCAUUUGCUUGUUUGGGAUUUUUAUCUCCUGCAAAUAGAGGAGCUUUAAUGACCUGUGCCAUGGUUUUAUAUGUUUGUCUUGGAGCUACUGCUGGUUAUGUAUCUGCUAGAAUAUAUAAAAGUUUCGGCGGUGAAAAAUGGAAAUCAAAUGUAGUAUUGACAUCUAUGCUGAGUCCUGGAAUUGUAUUCAGUUUAUUCUUCAUAAUGAAUUUAAUAUUUUGGGCAAAUGAAAGUUCAGCUGCAGUACCAUUUAGUACUCUUAUUGCCCUUCUAGCACUUUGGUUUGGAGUAUCUCUUCCAUUAACAUUUAUUGGUGCUUAUUUUGGAUUUAGAAAAAGGUCUUUAGAGCAUCCUGUAAGAACUAAUCAAAUUCCUAGACAAAUACCAGAGCAAAGUUUUUAUACUCAACCAAUUCCUGGAGUAAUAAUGGGUGGAGUUUUACCUUUUGGAUGUAUAUUUAUACAAUUAUUCUUUAUUCUUAAUUCUUUGUGGGCAAGUCAGGUGUAUUACAUGUUUGGAUUUCUCUUUUUGGUAUUUGUUAUACUUGUAAUUACGUGUUCAGAAACAACAAUUUUACUUUGUUAUUUUCAUCUUUGCGCAGAGGAUUAUCAUUGGUGGUGGCGUAGUUUCCUAACAUCUGGAUUUACUGCAUUUUAUUUAUUAGUUUACUGCAUACAUUUUUUUAUGACUAAAUUGGAAAUAGAAGAUGCUACAUCUACAUUUCUCUACUUCGGUUAUACUUGUAUUAUGGUUUACUUAUUUUUCGUUUUGACGGGAUCAAUUGGUUUCUUUGCCUGUUUCUGGUUUGUACGAAAAAUCUACAGUGUCGUGAAAGUCGACUAAUGUAUUAAAUGAUGCCCAUCGAAAUAAAAUAAAUGUGGUAUGAGUAAAUAAUAAGCAGAAUGAAUAAUUGA